AUGUUUGAACUGCCUCAAAUGCUCAUAGGGAGAGUCAAGGCAAAAAUUCAGCAGAGGCAGAGAAACAGACGUCUCACUGGGGGACAUCUUGUUCAUCAUUUGCGGGGAAGCAGAGAAGAUUUGGCAAUGCCUGCUGAAGUGAAAGAGGAACAGAGUUCAGAAGGGCCUCCUCCACUAUCUUUGUCCCAGGAGGCUAAAGAGGCGACUCUGGAUAACCCGUCUGCCGCUGACGAAUUGGACACGCCCACCUCCAUCGCCUCUGUGAUGACCUCGACCAAUGAGAGCUCCACAGAGACGGAUACCCCGCAGCAGACAGACACAGAGGAGUCCAAGAUUGCGGAACAAGAGGGCGAGCAGGCCCCCGGUGAGACCCCAGACUCCUCAGAGACACAACAGGAGAACUUGCAGACACCGGACACACCUGAUCUCACAUCCAUUCCAGAGGCUCAAGAUAAUACUACGACUGAGCAACCUGUUCCUGAAGCAAAUGUCAAACCCACUGAGCCUGCUGCACCGACCACACCCACUACCACCGCCACCACAGCAACCCCACAACCUCCGGUGGUGCUGCAAUCUGAGGAGCCUCAGACAGUGAACCCGGACAGGCAGAGCAGAGUGUACACCCUCCCUGACUCCUACAGAGGCAUCGGAGGGGACUUAUGUGCAGGGUAUGGAAGCCUGUCCCGCACCACCCUCCAUGGCUACUGGCCCGCCAAGAACUUCCAGCCUGGGGCUCACUACACCUUACCCUUCCUCAGAGACAGCUACGCUCCGGCAGGCCUCAGCAGCCAGUCAGAGGAGGACGGCCUCAGUGAGCGAGGAGAAAACCCUCUGGACAUGAAGACUGACCACCCAGCUGCCAGUUACCCGACACUGGGGGGAAUCCACCAGUUCAGGCCAAUCACCACCAUGGAGCUCCUCAGGGAGCCGUCGAGAACCAGAGGUGGCUAUGAUGACGCCUUCAUGGCCCAGCUGGAAGGGACCCUGAAUCCUUUCUUCCAGGCCAUGUGCCGAGCGCAGACUCUGCAGUUUCCACACAAACGCAGCAGCAUGGUCAGCCUGGACAGCAUCCGCAGAGACCCACGCUGGAGAGACCCCAACCUGCAUGAGGUGAUUGCGAUGCUCAGCCACCCAAUGGACCCAGUCAAGUCCAACGCUGCUGCCUAUUUGCAACACCUGUGCUAUGAGAACGACCGCAUCAAGCAGGAGGUGCGCCAGCUUAAUGGGGUGCCGAUCUUGGUGGAAUUAUUGGACCACCCUAAAGCUGAGGUCCACCGUAAGGCCUGUGGGGCUUUGCGCAACAUAUCCUAUGGAAAAGACCACAAUAACAAAAUGGCCAUCAAGAACUGUGAUGGCAUUCAAGCUUUAGUCAGACUAAUGAGGAAGUCUAGCAGCAUGGAGGUCAAAGAGUUGGUCACAGGCACUCUGUGGAACCUCUCCUCACACGAGCCCCUGAAGAUGAUGGUGAUCAACAAUGGGCUUCAAACGCUGACUGAUGAGGUCAUCAUUCCACACUCAGGCUGGAGGAGAGACACGGCCGACCCCUCCAAACUGAUGAGUGCUGAGUGGACCACGGUGUUCAAGAACACCUCUGGAUGCCUGAGGAACGUCAGCUCAGAUGGGGCAGAAGCUCGACAGAGGCUGAGGGAGUGUGAGGGGCUGGUGGACGCGCUCCUUCAUGCCCUUCAGUCAGCUGUUGUCAACAAGGACACUAACAAUAAGUCUGUGGAGAACUGCGUGUGCAUCCUGCGAAACCUGUCCUAUCAUGUUCACAAAGAGAUACCAGGAGCAGAGCGAUUUCAGGAACCCCACACCAAUAACCUGAUGAGAUCUGUGGGGCACCAGAAGAAGAAGAACGAGCCUGACUGUUUUGGAGGGAAAAGACCCAAAGAGGAGUGGUUCAAUCAAGGUUGGAAAAAUGGAUUAAUGGACAGAAAGUACGGUACAUUGGAUUUACCAAAACGUACAGAACAAAUGAAAGGCUUGGAGCUGCUGUACCAGCCAGAGGUAGUGAGGCUCUACCUCUCUCUUCUCACCUGCAGUCACAACCACAACACCCUGGAGGCGGCUGCAGGGGCUCUGCAGAACCUCGCUGCGGGACACUGGGCCUGGUCCAGCUACAUCCGGGCCACAGUGAGAAAAGAGAAAGGGCUUCCCAUUCUGGUGGAGCUGCUGCGUUCUGAUGUGGACAAAGUGGUGCGAGCUGUGGCUAUUGCUCUCCGCAACCUGGCGAUGGACAGAAGGAAUAAAGACCUAAUAGGGAGCUAUGCUUUGAGGGACCUUGUCGGUAAUCUGCCAUGUGGGCAGCAGCACCCAGCGAAGAAUCUCGAGGGAGAUACAGUUGUGUCGAUUCUGAACACCAUCCAUGAGAUCAUCACCGAUAGCCCAGAGAAUGCCCGAGCGCUCAUACAGGGUCAUGCUGUGCAGAAACUGGUGGCCAUCAAUAAGUCAAGCCAAUCAGCACGGGAGACCAAGGCAGCUUCCCACGUGCUCCAGACAAUAUGGGCCUACAAGGACUUGAGAAAUACUCUGAACAAGGCCGGCUGGAAUAAGAGCCACUUUAAGCCAACAACCACCGGAGUGACUAAAAAAUCCAAGAGUGGAAAGCAAGGCAGCGAUGACAUCACCUUGCCUCUCAUGGACAAAAACCAAGAUGUAUAUGCCACCUUAGAGCCAAAUGAUAGAGUUGGAGUUGGAGAUGGAAAGGGGCCUGUUGUUGAAAGAGACACUCUCCAGGCGAUAAGUGAGAGAAAACACUUCAUCAGAGCUGGCAGGCCUGCAGUGGGCCUCAUGGAUAACAAACCUCCACCACUGGACUCCUGGGUGUAAACAUGACAACGCGGGCAGCCAAGCCGCUUAAAUCCUGUAGAGACACUUUCCAUUGGUGAAAUACGGAUUCGUGCCAUUCGCUCAUUCUUGUACAGACAGAGAAACACGUUCGAUUUAAAAUAAUUUCCUGUGUUUACAGGAAAUGACGUGCCAAUCAUUUACAUGUAUUUAUUAUGGAGGUUAUUUGGCAAAUGAUUUAAUAGAUUUUAUCAUUUAGGAUUAUAUGCUGUAUGUCUGAAACUCAUGAUGGAUUAUGUAUGACAAGUGAAAUAGCCUAAAUAUGCAAACUGUGGUGAAUCAUGACUCCAAAGAAUACAUGACAUGUAUAAUUCGAAUUUUACUGCUACACAGGUAUGAG